UCCAGCUAACAAGCUUCUUUAGAGCAUACAUUUUUGAGAUUUUGUUUAGUGGAGUUGUUAUUUAUUUUGAGUUAUUUUUGUUUAGUACCUAGCGUCUUAUUAAAAUCUGUGAUGAAAUAUACAAGGAAUUUGACGCAUUCAAGUAUGUCAACUGCUGCUAACCUCUGCGUUACUUAAAGAGGAAAUCACCAUGCCAGCCCAGUUUUAGCAUGACACACUUAUUGAGCAAAAGACAGAUUGCAGCCAUAUUCGACAAGAGGGAUGUGUUUCUCUGUGAUCUGUUGCGGAUGGCUGCUGCUGUCUUCGGUUUUCGCUUUUGUCAAUACAGCAGCAAAUAACAUUACAACUUUAUUUGUCAAUCAUGGACAGUCUGCCAAAAUUAUCUGCAACUACAAACGAACAAAUGACACCGAAAUCAUGACAGUGAAUCUUCAAUCAUUAAAUCGAGCGCUGUGUUCAUAUUUACAAAUGGAUUCAUGGAAAAGACAAGAUUGUGAAGAUCACAUCAGAUUCAUAUGGAUUAAAGAGACUAUGGAAUUAUCCUUUGAGCUAUUAAAUCUCCAAAACCAGGACACCGACACAUACACCUGUACUGUGAGGAGGAUUGCAAAACCACCUGAAGAGGAUCUGGGAAUUGAAAGAGUUCAAGUGAUUGUACGUCCCAUCUUAUCUCUGUCCUGUGAGAAGUGGCCUAAUGGAUCUCACGUGCUUAUGUGUUCUGCGGGAUUUCAUGAUUCUCUUGAACAGCUGUGGAUCAGAGAUGGAGACGUCCUCAACAGCUCAUACUCACACAAAUCGUUUAAUGGCUCCUCAUACCUUGUACUGCCGCCACAAAACUUCAAUGACACAAUCUACUCUUGCUGGGUAAACCACUCAUCAUUAAACCAACCACUUGUGGGCAAUUUAUCAAGCUCUGUCUGCCUUGAAAGAGGGGGUGUGACAGUGAAUGUGGUGGCUAUCAUCUCUUCGGUGUUGGCUGUCUUUGCCUUGAUCAUUGCAUUCAUGCUCAUUGCGGUCAUGUGUUCAUUUUACAGAAGAGCAAGUUCUCAGUCUGUGCCAUCUGUAGGAACGAGUGUCACACCUGAGCCGAUCCUCCGCGAUCCCCUGUAUUCUGAGAUUUUGUAUUCAACACUGGGAGACCAUCAUCCAGUUCCUGUGCAGCCCUGUUGAAGUAAACACUGAAUAAAGACAUACAAUGACAGAUUAUUUAAAGUGUUUUUUUUUUCUGUAACCAUUCACAAAGUAGACAAUUGUAUGAUGCGUAGUGUUUAAAAUAUUUUACAUUUAAAAGUUGCGUUUUCCAGAAUUAAAGUCACAACGAAAUUAAAAUCCUUGAAAUUAUUUUUUAAUGGAAUAUUUAAUCAUUUAUUAUAAAUUAUUUACCACCCCCAAAUACUCUAGAAGGGCAGGAUGCAUGAUUUCCGUGGCCCUGUUCAUAGCGGCUAUAUGAAUCUGUUGCUAAAGGCCGGAGGAAAGCAGUGCAUAGGCCCGAAAGCAGACAACGGCACAAGACAUCCCUCUUGUUGAGCUUUCAUGGCAGACGUGACGGUGUUGACUCCAUCUAUUCAGGGGACAUAGUGGAUCUUGAGCGCACUGGAAAGGAUGGCAACAUGGUCACGCGUGCAGUUUAAACCAGAAAAGACUAGGAGCCUCAGUAUCUUGAAGGGGAACCAGAAACAUCUUUAACAUCCAAUGUUCUUAGAUCCCAAAGAUCAAAGGAUCUGAUGCCUCGGAAAGCAGUAUGACGGCUCCCUAAAGGACAGUGGCAGUCUCACAAAUACAAAGGCCCAGCUGAACACCUGUCUUAAGGCAACCGAGGACAGCCAACUGCUCGGGAGGUUUAAAGUCGGGAUUGUUCAGUAUGGCAUCAUACCCUGGCUGCAAUGGCCCUUCCUACUUUAAGAUUUACCCUUGUCCCAGGUGGAAGGAAUGGAAAGACUGUGCAGUAAGUUCUUGCGGAAAUGGCUGGGAAUCCCCCAUCAUUCAGUGCAAUUAACCUGUACAGCAAGACAUCCAAGCUUCCCUUGCCAGUCUCAUCAGUGAUCGAGUCAGUACACUCCUCUCAUCUGAAGGCGGGAAAGUAAGACAUGCAAUCCAGACCAGCAAAUGCGGCAGAAAUUGGAAGCCCCAGCAAGCCGUGAUGGAAGCAGAAUCCCACUGGAUUGCAGUGGUAUGCAGGGACGCCUGGGCUUAGGACACUACAGUGAGAAUAGGUGGAGCAGGGCUGAUGCAAGAGCCAGAAAAGGCCUUGUGGUGCAAAGAGUCCGUGACGCAACAGAGGAGGAGCGCAAGGUGAAAGCAGUGGGACCAGGCACAGGAGCGACUGCUGUCAUGGAAGGAACUGUGGCAGACCAACCAAAGGGAGUUGAGCUUUCUCCUGCACUCGGUGGCUGACCUGCUGCCAACACCAAGAAACAAAGAUCUGGGGUGGAGAGGAAGACCCCUCUUGCAACUAAUGUGGAGCAGCCUCCUGUACACUGAACCACAUCCUGACUGGUUGUCCAGAGGCAAUGGCAGAAGGGCGGUACAGAUGGAGGCACGACAAUGUCCUCACGGAAAUUGCCAAGUGGGUGGAACAGCAGUGAGUCAAAGCCAACAACAAACAGGCCCAUCUGCCUGAGGCCAUAACCUUCGUGAGACAAGGCUCAUAAGGCACAGAGGCCAAAAACCCACCCUCUAUCUUGCAACGAUCUUCCGAAUGGAGGUUAAGAAUAGACCUGAAGAGGAAGCUUGUCUUCCCACAGUGACCUCCCUCCGACCAGAUAUGGUCCUGCUAUCCAGGAGCACAAAAAGCAUCAUAGUUGUCUAGCUCACGGUGCCCUGGGAAGAGAGGCUAGCCGCGUCCCACCAACUGAAAAAAGCCAACCAAGACCUGUUAAACAAAGCUGUUUUAAAGGGAUGUGAUGCGACCAGCCACCCCAAUAAAGUCGGCUGCCUUGCGUUCCCAGCUAAAUCGGUGCACUACUUCCUCCAAAGGGUGGGCCUGGAGUCUAAAGUAGUUUCAGUAGCCAAGUCCAGCUCAAGAUGGCUGUGGCUGAGGAGAGCCCACAGUUGGAACCCUUCUGCAGGUGAAGGCUGGUCAGUCUUCGCUGCCCGACUCAGACGAGGUGUUCAGGUUAAGGGCCGAAACACCUGAGACCCUGAGAUCCCUUCUGACGAUGCGGAAGGGUUCCAACAACGCGGAUGCUCCAAGGAGUACCAUCUCGGAAUAACAUUUGAUGUUUACUUCACCAUUUAUCUGUGCACAUCAUUCUUUUUACCUAAAUCAUGUGCCUUCAUUAUCUUUAAUCAAACUUAUUUUCUCUCCUUAAAAGGGCAAAAACAUUUCAAUUCAAUUACAAUUGCUUGAGUAAAAAGAUGGCACGCUUCAAUAUGCUAAACUAAACACUUAAAAUAUCACUUGGUGUAUAAAUAACUAAAUACAAAGACACCUUUUUCGAAGAGCUUCCUAUUCAUCUUCAACAGAAACCUAUGUGCAACUGCAGGCAGUAAAUAUAGGUCUGAGCACGUCAUCCAUGCACUGACUUCUUUUUAUUUCAUAUCUACAUUUCCACACGUGACCUAAAUGACAACUUCCCAGCCUUUCAUGUGUUUACAACCCUGCUGUGGUUAAAAUAACUAGACCACACCGCUUCUACAGAGCAUGAAGAUGCUCUACAAAAGAGGUCUUGGUGCAGACAGUUAUGAGCAAAUGAGGUCUGCAAGACAUUUGGUUUAACAUUUAUACACCCUUGCACUUUUAGACAUUGUAAGACAACUGCAGGUCAUGAUGUUACUUCUCCAUUGCUUGGACAAUGAGCAAUGCCUCUUAUAUUGGUCCUGUCCAAUCGGUGAAGCCAUGAAAGAAAAGGGAGCUUUGUUAUUAACUGCUCCCUGGAUGAAUUCAGAUUAACUUUGUUGGUUAUAUGUCAUAGAAUAAUGGCUUGAGGUUGUUGUUUUUUUCUUUCUUUUUUAUUAAGCAUUAGUUUAUUUUUCUUUCAGUCUACAAAUUAAGUACUUUUAGACAGCCUCCGUCGGAUUGGAUGAGCUUGUUUCUGAGUUGACAUAAAUUACGUCGCAAGCUCUGAUCAACUUCACUUCUCCAUUUGCACCAUCAUGAGUUAGAACAGUCAGCGAGUCCCAUGCAAAAUGCAAAAGCGGAUGCAGUUUCUGAAAAAUGAAAUGAUAUCAUCAAACUCUGUGACCACAUGUGCUCUGAUGCUGCUGUCCUUAUUUUCUGUUAUAGCUGGACAUUCAGAAUUCAAUGGCACAUCAGUUCAGACUGUUCAUCGAGGAAAGUCAGUCAAUAUCAGUUGUAAAUACAAACCAUCAAAUGACACUGAAUCUUUCACAGUGGAACUGAAAACUAAUAAUAAACUGUGUUCAUCAAUGAAGACUAACAAUUCAUGGAUAAAUCACUCAUGUAAAGAACACAUGAGAUUUAUUGCAAAGACUGAGGAAAUGUCAUUUGAGGUGUCAAAUCUGCAGAUAAAUGAUACCGGCACUUACAUUUGUGUUGUGACAAGAACCAUACCACCUCCUUCCAAACUUUUGGGUGAAGAAAGGACCUUUGUUCAAGUGAUUGCACACCCCAAAGUGUCUGUGUCACAUGUAAGAACCUCGGAUGGAUAUCACACGAUUCUUUGCCUCUCUGAGGGGUUUUACCCUUCUGCUCUAGAGCAGGUGUGGAUGAGAAAUGGAGGAUUUCAGAACGUCUCUCUCACAUACAACAUCAACAAAACCAACCCAGAUGAAUCAUUCACCCUCCAUUCAUAUUUGAAUGUAUCUGACUGUACAAACUACUCGUGUUGGGUAAAUCACUCAUCCCUGAGCCAACCAAUGAUUCUCCACCUGCCUCCUGCUGACUGUUAUGAGAACAGAGGUAUAAGAAUGUGGAUGAUUCUGGUGACUUGUGUGCUGCUGAUUCUUGCCAUACUGAUAUUCACAGUCGUGUGUGAGCGUUUAAGAAGAGCACGUUUGCAGUCUGUGCCACCUGUAAGAACGAAUGUCACACCUACGCCUACUAACCUUCAUUGUGAGGCAUUGUAUUCAACACUGGGUGACCAUCAUCCAGUUCCAUGCAGCCCUACGGGAUUCCACUCAUCUCCACAAUAAACACUGAAUUUUACAAUGAUUGAUACUGAUCCAUGUCUAUAUCAUUCACUGACCAGACACCAACUUGUGCAUGUGAUUUAUAUUUCAACGAUUUUUCACUUUGCUUAACGUUUUGACUGUAAACACCCUGUUUUGACCUUGAGGCCAUGAGGUUAUUUGCAGCUUCAGCACCAAUGAAUUGGUUUGCUGAGUGCAGUUUUCUUUCCAGUGUUGAUGUAUAUUUAAACAAUUCAUUACUAAAUUGUUCAUUCUUUAUUUGUCAGGUGUACUGCUUUAGAACUUUUUCCUAUAUGACCUAUACAUCCACUUUGCAUGUAGACACUGUGCGGUUAAAAAAAACAGUUCAGCUGCUCAGUCAGAUCAUGAAGAUGACGCUCUAAAAAGAGUCUUGUUGGACACAAAUACGAGCAAAUAAAGUCUACAGGACAUUUUGUUUCACUGUUUGAACACUUUUAAGACAAUGUCACUGCAACUGUAGAUCAUAAUGUUUCUUCUUUGUAAAACUGAACCCUGAGUUGUUUUCAGACCCUUGCAACACUUUUAUAUGGAGGUCAUCCAAUCGAUGAAGGCCUAAAAGAAGAAAACUGUUGUGAUUGGCUUCUCGCUUGAUGACAGAACCUAGAAGUGAUAAAAUAAAUCACUCAUCCCUGAGCCAACCAAUGAUUCUCCACCUGCAUCCUGCUGACUGUUAUGAGAACAGAGAGAAGUUAAGAGGUAUUACACAUUACAUACAUCUUUUUAUUCUGUAUAAAAACAUCAGAAUAUAUAAAGAUCCUUCAAUAAUCAUAUUUGGAUAGUUUUGUACAUCUCUGCACUGCUGACUCUUGUCCUCCUGAUCAUCGCAGUAAUGUGUGAGUAUGUCAUUGAGUUCAAAAUAUAAUCUUAUAUUUAACAAAAGACCUUCCUUGUGUUUUCUUCAAUACAAACAUCAUUGAUCAGAUAUUUUUGCAUCAAUCUCUUCUGAAGGUUGUUCAUGGAGAUCCUUUCAACAGACUGUAGAGGUCAGUGUCCCAUCUGAGCUCAUCCUGCACUCUGAACUGAAGACUGAGGUGGUAUAUACUGUACAGUCCUCCUGAGGGAUCAUCAUCCUGCUAACAGUCACCUCCACAAUAUUGAUUAUUCCAGUGAGCCAUAGCUUUAAAACCAUGAUUUGUGUCAUUUAUUUUAUUUUUUAUUCUCAAGCAAUAUUGGUCAAUCUGAUUUUAUCUGGGGUGGAGCAUUUUUUAGACAGUUUUAUCAAGUUCUCAAUUAAAUCUCUUAAAUUUUACCAUGUCUGAAAACCUAAGCUCCAGAACCACUUUUUUUAUUUCCAUUUUCUUUUAACUUUGAUAAAUAUUCUGAUGCAAUCUGACUUCUGACCUGUAAUGCUGCUUGAAUCAUAAUCAUACACUGUUCCUUCAUUGGCCAGAGGAGA